GCAGGCGCGCAGGCGCAGUCGUUCCGCGGUGCCGUGGCGCCAUGGCGGCCACGUUCUUCGGCGAGGUGGUGAAGGCGUCCUGCCGAGCUGGGACUGAGGAGGAGGAAGAGGAGGAGGAGGAGCAGAGCAGGCGGGACACGCCGGAGGACCGGGAGGUCCGGCGGCAGCUGGCGCGGAAGAGGGAGGUGCGGCUUCUCCACAGACAGACAAAAACCUCCCUGGAGGCUGCACUGCUAGCAAAGCACCCUUGCUCCAAGUUCAUAAUUGCAGUAGGAAGUAACGCGACAGCGUUUUUGUCAUCAUUUGUUAUGAAUUCUGGAGUCUGGGAAGAAGUCGGUUGUGCUAAGCUCUGGAAUGAAUGGUGCCGAACUACAGACACUGUCCAUCCGUCUCCUGCAGAUGCUUUCUGUGUGUUUUAUCAACUGAAAUCAGAUCCCUCGGUGGUUCUUUGUCAGUGCAGCUGCUACAUUGCUGAGGAUCAGCAGUUCCAGUGGCUGGAAAAGGUUUUUGGCUCCCGACCCAGGAAGACCAUGCGGGUGACAGUUCUCACAUGCCGGCACAUCACAGAGUAUAAAACCUCCGAGGCCACCUGCAGCCUACCAUCUCCUUUCCUGAGAGCCCUGAAAACGCAGAGAUUCAAAGAUCCCACCUGCUGCCCACUGCUGGAACAGCCAAACAUUGUGCAUGACCUGCCUGCAGCAGUUCUGAGCUACUGUCAAGUGUGGAAAGUGCCCGCGGUUCUCUACCUGUGCUACACUGAUGUGCUGAAGCUGGACCUCGUCAGCGUGGAAGCGUUUAAGCCUGUGCUCUGCUCCAGCAGCUUGAGAUGCUUGGUGAAGAACAUUCCUGAAAGCACAGAAAUACUGAAGAAAUUGAUGAGCACAAGUGAGAUUCAAAGCAACAUUUACACAUGACCCCAAGGUCACUGGUGAGCCAGGGCCACGGCCUCCUGGCCCAGGCCAGUCACUACUGUUUUGUACUUUAUUCUGGGUUGUGGAUGUUUUGAGGGUGGUAAAUACAAUAAAAACUUAAAAAUUAA